GCGUUCUUUGCGCCGCCCGGUGUUGUCAGUGUUCCGGUGUUCCUGGCGCCAUUGCGUCACUGAGUUGUGAAAAUCGGUAUCGGCGCCAGUAACUCAAAUCUCGGUAUCAGCGCAAUGGCACGGCGCCGCACUGUGUUACCCACGGCUAAUGUUGAGUACCGACAAUCAGCACAUAACUAUUCCGUUUAAUUUAGCAAAAUAGUUGUUUUGGGAAGUAUACGCUUUUUAUUUCCAAAAUCAAGCAAUAUACAGAAGAAAAAUGGCUUUUCUUCGGGGCUCUCUUAAUUAUGUAUGGUGCACAACGAGUGUUUUAGGGAAAGGAGCAACCGGAUCAGUUUUCCAAGGAGUUAAUAAAAAUACGGGGGAGUCCGUCGCUGUGAAGACAUUCAAUCCGUAUAGUCAUUUGCGACCUCCAGAUGUUCAAAUGCGGGAAUUCGAAGCGCUCAAGAAAUUACAUCAUGAAAAUAUUGUCAAGCUCCUCGCCAUCGAAGAAGACCAAGAGGGCCGGGGAAAGGUAAUCGUAAUGGAAUUAUGUACGGGGGGUAGUCUGUUCAACAUACUUGAUGAUCCCGAAAACUCCUACGGUCUACCAGAGAACGAAUUUCUCUUGGUGCUUGAACAUUUAUGUGCGGGCAUGAAACAUUUACGAGAUAAUAAUCUGGUGCAUCGUGAUCUUAAACCCGGAAAUAUAAUGAAAUUCAUUUCUGAAGAUGGUCAAACAAUUUACAAGUUAACUGAUUUUGGUGCAGCCCGUGAACUCGACGAUAAUCAAGCUUUUGUAUCCUUAUAUGGUACUGAAGAGUAUUUGCAUCCGGAUAUGUAUGAACGUGCAGUGUUGCGGAAACAAAUAAACCGAUCUUUUACGGCGAAUGUAGACUUGUGGUCCAUUGGUGUCACGCUUUAUCAUGUUGCCACGGGUAAUUUGCCGUUUCGUCCAUUUGGGGGACGCAAAAAUCGCGAAACCAUGCACCAAAUCACCACAAAGAAAGCUUCUGGUGUUAUCUCGGGCUCACAACUAUCUGAAAAUGGUCCGAUUGAGUGGUCAACAACUUUACCGUCAUAUUGUCACCUUUCAGAGGGUAUAAAAACAUUGGUGACACCACUACUAGCCGGUUUGUUAGAAAAGAAUCGCGAGAAAACCUGGUCAUUUGAUCAGUUCUUUCAAGAGGUAACUUUAAUUUUACGCAAAACCGUGUUGCAUGUUUUCUUCACCAACCGUACCAGUUCAGUUGAGGUGUUUCUCGAACCGGACGAACAAAUCGAACAUUUCCGCGAGCGCAUUUUUUUGCAAACUGAGGUGCCUAUAGAAAAACAAAUACUAUUAUUCAAUAACGAGCAUUUAGAAAGGAAAGUAACAUCCGGUACCAUAUCCAAAGCCUUUCCGAAUACCACAACAGACACCCCAAUAUUUUUGUAUAGUAAUGACGACAAUAAUGUACAAUUACCACAGCAAUUUGAUCUGCCCAAAUUCCCCGUAUUUCCAAAUAACGUAUCGGUCGAAAAUGACGCAAGUCUGGCCAAAACUGCCUGCAGUGUUGGUCAUGAAUGCAAGCAUCGAAUUGAUACUUUUACUUCAAUGGAUAUUUUAAUAAAGCGCGGCGUGGAACAUUUCAUAGCGAUGUUGAUAACAACUAUAACCUUACUACUAAAGAAAACUAAACACUUUGAAAACCUUUUGACUACUACCCUUGAUUAUGCGGAUGCGGUUAAACGUCUUGCAAAUCUAACAAAACCAGAUAAUGAACUUAAACCAAUACUUUCUACACUAUAUGAUCUGAAGCCUAAAUUCGAUGAUGCUGCUGAUGUGAUAAUGCAAAUGUAUAAACAUUUCGUUGUUGAAGACUCGCUCAACGAUCACUGGUCAUCAUCGAUGCAUGGCAAACGGUGCCCUUGCCGUACUAGAGCCAGUCCACAAGCGAAAUACUUGGUGGAGCGCCUGCGUGACUCCUGGCAACAUUUGCUGCGCGAUCGUGCCACACGCACACUUACAUACAAUGAUGAACAAUUCCAUGCACUGGAGAAGAUAAAAGUAGAUCGUAACGGCAAGCGUAUCAAAGGCUUGUUAUUGGAUGAUGUAAAACCUGCUGUAGCGCAAAUGGCCGAAUGUCUGGCUGAUUGGUAUAAACUAGCACAAACUGUUUAUCUUAAAACACAAAUAUUACAGAAGGACAUACGUGACUAUGAACGUAAGUUAAAUGAUGUACGAGAUGAGUUGUAUCACGUUAAAUCCCAGAUGAAACCCGAUUCAAACGGAAAAGUGAUUACCAACAAUAAUAAAUUGUCAAAGAAUAUGCAGAAAAAUAUGAUAGAGAAAAUGAAGGAACAACACGAGGAAGUUUUACAAAUAAUGCAUGAAAAUGAAGUAUUAAUAAACCGACUUAAAGAGUUAGGUAUAGAUGCAGGCAGCGUGAAGCAGCUUGAAAUACUAAAGAAUAAAACGUAAUUUACUGCACCCAUACAAAUAAAAUUAGACUGAAAAAAAAUAUACUAAGAGGACUCAGAUGUUCCCUCAAUUUUAAUCACUUUGGAAAUAAAGAACAUCUAUAUUGCUUUUAAAUAUGUAUUUAAAUAAGUAA